AUUCAUAACCUCUAUUAAACCUCUUCAGAAAAUAAUUUAGUUGAAAAGUGAGAGAAAUGGCGUCACAAUAAUGUCAUCAUAUUUAGAAAUUGAAAUUGGAAUGUAGUUAAAAUGGACUACUCUGAUGAAGUUUCGGAUAAACAGGAAAAUAAAUCAAAAUCUAAGCAAAAGGAUUCUCCAUCUUUCAAAAAACAAUCUGGUUUUGCAAAACUUGCUUCUAAAGUGACUCGAAAGAGAAGCUUAAAAAAGGAUAAACAAAGUAAAAAGGAAAUAUUGGAUGAUUCAGUGUUUUCAUCCACAGAAGAUAGUGGAAACUCAGCUUUAGACCAACCAAUAUCACCCGCUGACAGUGGUGUCUCUAAUAGCCCGCCACCCAUGAGUGGACCGACUCUUGUACCCUUGUCAAAAUCAACAAGUAAAUCUGAAGAUAGCCUUGACAGUGGAAUAUAUUCAAGGCAAAAAUCUUGUGACUCUGUGGACAGUAUCGGGAGCACUGAAAGCAACGGACACACAACUGAUCAUACUAGACCUGUUAUGUCAUAUACAACAGCUGGAGAAAACAAUUCAAAAUUAGACGACACAACCAAUCAUCAACCCAUGAGUGCUGGAAAAUAUGAUGACUUCUGGCGAGAGUAUCAGGAUAUACGUCAAAGUAUAAUUGUUCAAGAUGAUGAUUUCGAUGAUAGACGGAGUGUCACACGAACCGAUUCGGGAGGAACAGAUGACGAAGAUGAGGGUGACUGGUUCAGGCAAGCUGGUCUUGCAGACCUUGUUACAACUGCAGCUUUAUCUCAAGGAGCACAGUCAGGACCAAAUGAGGGGAAUAAAGAAAAUACAGCUGCAAGACUAUCUACAGACAGCUUAACAUCAAUGACUAUUUUAUCCACUCUUACUAGGCCGCAACGUGAGGCGGUUUUACGAAGGAUAACUUCAUUUAAUAGAGCACAAAAAUCUAGAAGGCGUCCUAAGCCUCAUAUCAAUGCAGUGUUUCCACAAAAUUAUGGCGAUUCUAAUACAAAUAAUGAAGGAGUUUCAGGAAAACCACCACUUGCUCCACCACCAUCAGUGGAAGUUACCUUGUCACCAACACCAACUACAGAAAAUAAGAAAACAUCGAAGUCAACAAGCUUACCUUAUAACAUAGGGGGAUUUGGUGAUGGUGAACCAUACCCUCGUCGUUAUUCUGAGGUCACACAUCGGCCGACAGGUACAAAUAUGACUGACACUGAUGGCCAUUUUUUGAGUACCUCAAUAGUGUCAGCUUAUUCCACGUCUUCUCUCGAAGCGGGCCAUGUUGUCAAACUUGACCAAAAAGGUUACCAGAGAAAAGAAGCACUCGAUUCCAUUGUUGCCACAGAGCCAUCAGUGCAUCCAAGUCACAUUCAUGCCAGCAAUACCUUGCCACCGCCAUCAUCAUCAAAUACUCACUCUUGCUCUUUGUCUCGCUCUCAAGCUUUCUUACGUGCUCGUUCUAUAUCGGCUCCUAAUGAUUGCACCUCUCCCUCCGAUAAUGGCCCUUUGACCAGUUCAACUAGUGGUAGUGACACACCUGAUCAUAACGAAGCUGAAUUUGCUCAUUUCACAUUUUCUCCCGGAAGCUCCUCUUCUAAGCAUAAAGAAUAUUCACAUCUCCCAUCAUCAGUGUCCUUUUCAGGUUCUGUGAAUGCUAAACCACCGUCAUUUAUUUCGCCCAAUAAAUCGUUCUUGCAUGGCGUAUCACAAACUCCCAAAAGUUCAAUACUCGUUCGAAAUCGUGUCUUAUCAAGUGAAUUUACAAGCCAUUUGUCUCCAAGUACAAAACAAAUUGUGGUUGAGCCAUUCGAGUUUUCUCCUAUCACCCUAACAACGUCAACGACCGCUACAAGAAAGACUAAAGUCAUACGCAGUACACCUACAAGCCCUAAUGUACAGGCAUUACAAAAUGAACUGCAUCGUAUCAAUUUGACAACCAGUGUAUUUUCAAAGUCUCCAUCCCCUAUUUCAUCAAUUUUACCGUCUAGUUCUCCUCAGCUCACAGUUGAUUGUGGGGAUACAGACAAGAUUUCCUUGCCGAAAGAAGUUUUUGACUUGAAAAAUACUGGUUCCAACCCGACUAUAGUAGCAUCGUCAAGCGAUGAAAAUCAGUCCACAGAUAGUAGUUCAGUUACCGAUUUACACGAUGAAUCUCAACAAUCGGAUGAUUCCUUCAUAUCUUUCACAUCCGCACUUAAUUUGUCUUCAAGUGAUGUUUUACAAUUUCCUAACACUCCAUGGCACACAUUACCUUCUAGUCACAAACCGCAUCGAAAUUCAUCGUUUCGGUCUCGUAGAACGAAAUCAACUACCUUGUCUCCUCGACGUAAAUCUUUGAAAUAUUUCCAAAUGUCUCUCCCAAAAGUUUCCACUCUGUCAGUCUCGAGUUUAACAACAUCUCCUACUCACCAUGGUUCGUACAAACUUAGACGUCAUUCUCCGAAACUGCGUCGACUGAAACGUGCAUCUAGCCUUUAUGGCGAACCUGCUUCAUUCAAGGGAACAUUGGACUCAUCUUCCAAGCGUAAAUCAUCAAGUGGAAUUGAAACAUUAAGCAUACAAACACGUUCAACAGAAGACACAAGUUGGCGAGAUAAUUUUACCGAAGACAAUAAUAACAAGAGCAAGCAACCUAUGAGCUACAGUGAAACAGCAGAUCAAGAAAACUUGCCAAAUUUUUCAUUAGUUAAAGACAGAUUGGGUAUAACAAGAAUAAGUGAUCUUUCUGCAAAAGAUAUUGGAAAAGUACAAAGUCUGGCACUCAUAGAAUUAACAGCACUUUUCGAUCUUCAUAAUAUUGAACUUAAAAGGAGGAAAUUUGGAAAACCAAAGAUAAAAGAAACUGGUCUGUUUGGUAUUCCACUUACAACGUUACUUGAAUCGGAUCAGAAAAGGCAAUCUAAUCCUCAAUUAAGGAUUCCUUUAGUCUUAAGAGAAACCAUUACUUUCUUGGAAAAUAACGGCUUGCAAGAUGAAGGCAUUUUACGUGUUCCUGGUUCAGCAGUCAGAAUAAAAAAUUUAAAACAGGAAUUGGAAAGUAAAUUCAGCCAAACAUCACCGACAGUUCUUCUUGAUUCAAAAGCAGGAUGGAAUGAAGCUCGUACAAAUGAUGUUGCAGCGUUAUUGAAACAAUUUCUCAGGGAACUCCCGAACCCACUCCUAACGCAAGAAUAUAUUGAUGCUUUCCAGUCAUGCGAUUUGAUUCCGGAUCGUAAACAACAACUUCAAGCUCUGAAUCUACUGAUUAUUUUAUUAAAUGACGUCCAUCGAGAUUCUCUCAAGUUAUUACUUAAAUUCUUAAGUCGAGUCGUAGCGAAAGAAGAAGUGAAUAAAAUGACUCUGAACAACGUCGCAAUGAUUAUGGCUCCUAAUUUGUUUAUGGCAAAGAAACAAAGCAAGAGGGGAGAAACACCAAGUGCACUUGCGGCAAGUCAAGAUGUGAAACAUGCAGCCGGUACAUCGAAUAUUGUCCGAAUGUUGAUAAAAUAUCAUAAGUUGUUAUGGACUGUUCCUACGUUUAUGUUAACUCAGGUACGGAAUAUGAAUCAAGCAGAACAAAGCUCUAAAAAGCAUGGACAUGGCCAAUCAAAAGAUAAGCUGAAGAUAAAGUUUCCUGGUAUAACAAAAUCAAAAGAUCCAGCUACAAAGUUGGCAAAAUCUCCACUAACACAAGAACAACAGUUUGAGUAUGAAGUUCCUAAAGGUGUCAUUCGUGUCAAAGUAGAAAAUCACAGUAUGACUUCAAUGGCAGUCCAACUUGACAUAAAAUCAUCAGCUGGGGACGUGAUCGGCAAAUUUCAAAAGCAAUGUGAAAGAAGGAAACAAAUGCAACCUGAUAGCGACAUCACAGUCAUCACAAAUGAAACCCAUGCUUUGUACGAAGUCGGUGGAAACAUUUUUGAACGUUGUCUCGAUCCUGGAACAAACAUGCAUGCAUUGACAAAGAUUAAUCCAGAAGCAACUUGGGUGAUCAAAGGACGAGUUGAUGGGUCUUGAAUUUUAGAUUUCCAAUAAAGUUCAGUGGCAUUAAAACUUGAGCGGGCUAUCCAAGAUGACAUGAUACUUUGCUUUGUUUAGCACCGCAAAAAUUGUAUCAAUGAAAAUAUAUGCUUUUCCACUUAAGGAUAAACCUUAGCUAAACAUAAACUCUUGAAUUUUGAAGUGUAGCUCAACAUCUGAAAUAAAUCAUAAAAAAUCUGACCUCGAAUUGUGUACAUUCACAAAAAAGUAGUGAUAAUAUGCAAUAUUAUAGUUUUGUGAUGCUGCUUUGAGCCAAUGUUAACUGCUAUUUGCUUUGUGGGGAUGCUCUUAUAUCUGCAAGUUUUAUAUUAUUGUUAUUGGUAUAUUUCAUGUCGGUCCCUAAUUAUGAGAUUAUAUAAUGCAAGGUUUGGCUUUGGCAAAAUCUAAUGAAUCAUGGUAUAGGAUUGGUCAUUUUUUUCAUCAUUCUUUGCUUUUGGCCUAUUCUCAAUGAUGGACUGCAUUGUAGUAUAGUGUAAAAUUUGUUCAUAACUUAGCUAGCAUUCCACCGAAGUCAAACAGAUAAAUACCUUCUUAUGAAAAAAAAGUAAUAUUCAGCUGCUUAGUACAAGCACUCAAUUGUGGUAUACUGCCAUCACGUCGUUUCAAAGUUCUUUUUUCAGCAAUACUUCAUGCUUGCCAGUAAAAGUUUUAUCUAAAGAAGCAUUUAUUGUUAGUCGAAUUAUAAUGUAUGAAUAGAAACUCAAUUUUUUUUGAGUUUUUGCAUAUAAAUACCAUUGUUUACUUAUAUUAUAUACUUUGUGCGGAAAUAUUUUUAGUAGAAAGUGAAGUUGUUUAUUCCUUAAUGAUGGAAUUUUGUAAUUGAAUCAAAUAAUGCCAAAUGUGGAUAUAUUUCAGAUGGUUGUUAAUUAACAUUAUAUCAGAACAGAUUACAUUGUUUACAAGAAAAUGCAUGUUAGUUUUAAGUUUAUUUUUGUUGUCUUAUUAUGGACCAAAAUUAUUGCUUUUGAGGACCAAUUUUUGCCAAUGACCAAUUAUUGUAUUUUUUGAACAAAGGCAUUCGAAACCUUCUUGAUACAACAUGUAUUCCAAGACGUUGGGAAUAUUGUGUAAUCUUUCCAAAUCUUUGUUCGAUUCAAUAUUUUGAGUAAAUGCCAAAUUUUCACUUUGUUAAAAUUAUUAUAUUGAAUUAUAGGACCAAUUUUCCCAACUCAAAUCCUGAGAUUUGUUUAUUUCCAAACUCAAAUUUCUCAAUUUAUAACUGUUUAAUAUAAAUCUGUACAACAUCUGUGAUAAAAUAAAUUGGAACGUACUAAUGUACAGCCUACUGUGUGAUUCUAUUGAUUGAUUAUAUAUACUCCUUGCUGAAACGCAAAUAUGGCGUUUUUUAACAUGUUUACGGUAGUGUCUGAAAUUGCACUAAUAUCAUAUUGAUAUACUGUGAUUCUAAAGGUAUUGGAAAGACUGUCGUUAUUUUUUUUUAAUCAUUUCUUCGUUUAAUUUGAAAAAAUAUGAGAUUACUAUCUACUUGAUUAAUGUCUAAUGCACUUCAUUUUGAGGUACUUAUUCAUAUUUUUGAAAUGGCAAGUUGGCGACACAACUAUACUUCAAUAUAGAAGUAAUAGCACUUCAUAAUGUAGAUAUUCAAUUUCAAUUCCGUUUCUUCUCAAAUACUAAUCAAAUAUGUUCAAAUCUGGAUUAUGUUAAAGUUUAAUUAUCCAACUUUUAGGCUUAUGUGAAGAUCCGUAGUACAAUUUAGCUUGUGUUAUGAAUCUAAAUGGAAAAUAAUAUAUCAUGAUAAUAGCCAUUUUCAAAUGGUAUACUUUAAAAUUUUUAUUAAAUAUAUCAUGGUAUUCUAUGAUAUAUGAUUCAUACUUCUAUAAAUAGCAGUGUGUGUAUCAACACCAUUAGCUAUGUUUGAGUUAUAUUGGAAGUAUAUGAAUAUAUAAGUUUUAUAUUAUAAAGUAAAUUCUUUUUACAUUCACUAUGUCAUAUCAUAGGUACAGAUAGCUUAAUAUUAUUGUCAAAAAUUUCAAUUUCGUGACAGUUUCAUAACAUAAAAAUUCUCCCCUGUUACAGGAUGACAUUUGUGGUUUCGCAAGUGUGUAAUCAGAUAUUCACUUGAUUUCGUUCAAAACUUUUAAAUCUGCCUGAAGCAAUUUGUAUCUGAUAUCAUAAACCAUACUGUGUUGUGUGGUUGAAAGACAAGAUAUAUUGUGCUGAUUUUUCUAGGUUUAUGAAACUUUAUGUGAGUCAGACUGGUUUUUACCAUGACUUUCAUGUUGACAUAUUUAAUACAAAAAGGAUAAUAGAAUAAAUUGAAACUCUAUUACAAAAUAGCUUUCCCGUAUUUCUGAUAUCAGCUAAAUUUUACCUUACAUGAAUAUAUUCCUAAAUCGGUUUAAGCAAUUUGACAAUGAAAGUAAAUGAUAAAAUGGUGAAUAAUUGAGUUGAUUAGAAAUUUCGGACUUGAGCCUUUUGAGAUUCAAUAUUCAGUUGUUAUUCAAUGUAUAUGAUGACAAAUUUCAGUCUAUUUUUAAUGUUACAUUGUUGCUUUUUUAUAUUAUCGAAUCAUGUUUUCUAUUUGCAUUGAAUCAAGUCUUCAACUUUUCUUAUUGAUUUUGUAAUUGUUGUAUUCUUCCAAUUUCCAAUGUUAUUAACAAAACGUUAUUGUGUAUUGCUUUUAAAUUGUCCAUUUUGUUUUGAUCAAAGGAGAAAUUCACUUUCACGUUGGUCCAUAACAUUUAUACCUAUUAUAAUCUUUAUGGACCAGAAUUGAACAAUAAGGUUUAAUUAGGAUCUAUGGUCGCCAGAAACAGGUGCUUUCCAUCAUAUAUAAUCUGUUUCAUAAAAAUUUUCUCCAUUUGAAAUGAUUAAUAUGUGUGUCUAUGCCAAGUCAGCCCAUUUAUCUCCUACGUCUUUUUGUUCUACAAUAUCUACAAUAGCUCUAAAUUAGUGGUCCUCAUGAUCUAUAGCCCCCUCUCAAGAUUCAACACUUCGUGGCCCUCUACUGUUCAAUAAAAAAACUAGCUGUGUAUUUAACAGGUUCCCAUUAGUUUUUUCAUUCACGUCCUUUAAUAAUAAAAAGCCAGACAUUGAAAAUAAGUAUAAAUUACAUUAAGAUCAAAAAAUUAACAAAUCACAGGUAAUUCGUUUCCAAUUAAUGCCCUCAUCUCAAAUGGUAGCUAGUGGAGGCUUUUUCUCAUGGCCCCCAGAGGACUGCUUCAUGCCCCUAAGGGGCCAAUUUUGAGUAAGCCCGCUCUUUUGCUCUUGGCACACCCAGAUGAGAGGACGGCCUCAUGCCAUCCCCCCUCCCCCCUUCAAAUUUGAGUAAUUCCGCUCUAAAUCGACAUGAUUUAAUCAAGUCACUUUGCAUUGAAUUUUGGUAUUUGCUUUUUUAUCAUUUUAUAUAUAUAUGCCUUUAUAUAAAUCUUACGUCCAUAUCAGCUAAACUAUUUCGUCAAAUAGCCAAAUGGCACUGGAUAAUUUCGUGUUCUUCCUUUUUUAUCUUAUAAAUGCAGUGUUUUAAAUUUUUUCAUUAUAGCAUUUUGUCAAAUAUGUUUGGUAUUCUCAAAAUAGAUCACAAUGGUAUACUUUUUUCUUAAGAGAAAGUAUGGUACUCCCGUAGUGUGUGAACCAGGUCAGGGUUAGGCCAUAAUUUUAUUCCGAUUUCCUCUUUUUAGUUCUAUUACGAGUUCGGGGACUUUCUGUGUUAGCCAAGUGAAUAUACCAUAUAGGUUUCAGUCCCUUUACACAACUUGAUGUAAAGAAUAGGUGAACAGAAUUAGUUACCUGUAUAUUGGUACACACACUUCUGAAAGUAUUAAGUGUAUGUGCUUACCAAAAUAUGUUUGACCCUAAUCUGUUUUGAUUCUUCUUUUGAAAAAUAACGACAUUUGAUGUUAAGCAGCUACAUUUAUCUUUAUCAUUCAGAUUGUCUUAUUGUGAUACCUACCGGUAAUUAAUAGUUUAUUUAUCCAUUCCGUCCCUCAGUGUAAUGUUUCUAUUUCCAAAAAUCAAGUCUGUUUAUGAUUGAUUUGUUUAUUGUUAAGUGAUCAUAUUCAAGAAUGAGACUAAAUGCUCUCACUGCCAUAAUAUGGAUAUUUAUUGUUGCUGGAUUCAGGACCACGGCUUUGAUUUUGUAUAUUUUGAUUGUUGUAUUUCUUAUUAUUUUUUUUCUUUUUGGCUCCGCUAUAAAUGGACCUUUAUUGUUCACUCAGUCCUUAUUUUGAUUCAAUUUUCCUCUUUUUUUUCUUCCUUUGUAUCAAAUAUCAAUUCACGAAAUAAAUGCACCGCUGGGAUGUAGUGCAUGUCAA